ACGGGGUCUUGUGCUAUAUAUCUAUAUACGAUUAUACGCAGUUUCGUUGUUUUUGAGUAUAUUGGCAGGAAAAAGAAAAGGUGACGUAAGACAUCAUCAUUAUCAACGCCGGCAGAGUCCAAUCAAUUCAAAAUCCUCAUUUUGAUUUCUUGUUCUCGGCGGUUCCUUUUAAGAUUCAUAGUUGGAGCGUAAUUUGAUUGAUUAUUUGGACGAUAAUGACGAGCGAAGUGGAGAACAAGCCGGUAAUUUGUACGGAGUCGGCGAAGGAGUUGGUGAAGGAGUUGAGAGCUAGCUUCGCAACCGGAAAGACUAAAAGCUACGAAUGGAGAUUGACUCAGUUGAAUGCCAUGGUGAAGAUGAUGGAAGAGAAGGAGCCGCAAAUCGUUGCCGCUCUUCACGAUGAUCUUUCCAAGCCGGAACUCGAAUCCUCCAUCUAUGAGAUAGCGAUGCUAAAGAACUCAUGUAGAUUGGCAGUCAAGAACAUGAAGCAUUGGAUGAUGCCAGAAAAGGCAAAAACUUCAUUGGUUACAUUUCCUUCCUCUGCUGAAAUUGUAUCUGAACCAUUGGGUGUGGUGUUAGUAAUCUCAGCUUGGAAUUAUCCUUUUUUGUUGUCUCUAGAUCCAAUUGUUGGAGCUAUUGCAGCCGGUAAUGCUAUAGUCUUAAAGCCGUCAGAAAUUGCUCCAGCCACAUCAUUGUUGCUUGCAAGGCUAGUAGCUGAGUAUUUGGAUAGCUCUUGCAUAAAGGUUGUUGAAGGGGCUGUUCCUGAAACAGCAGCACUACUUGAGCAAAAGUGGGACAAAAUACUGUAUACAGGCAAUGGAAGAGUUGCACGCAUUGUGAUGGCAGCUGCUGCAAAGCACUUAACACCAGUUGUUAUGGAACUUGGAGGAAAGUGUCCGGUCAUUGUUGAUUCAGACAUAAAUUUACAGGUUGCAACUAGGCGGAUAAUUGCAGGAAAGUGGGGGUGUAAUAAUGGGCAAGCAUGUAUUUCCCCUGAUUACAUUAUUACAAUGAAAGAUUAUGCUCAGAAGCUGAUAGAUUCUUUCAAGUGUGAAUUGGAGCGGUUUUAUGGAAAGAAUCCGUUGGAGUCAAAAGACUUGUCUCGCAUAGUGAAUUCUAACCACUUUGCUCGCUUGUCAAAGCUCUUGGAUGAGGAUAAGGUUUCUAGUAAGAUCGUCCAUGGAGGUGAAAGAGACAAAGAAAACUUGAAGAUCACUCCCACUAUCUUGCUUGAUGUCCCACGAGAUUCUCUAAUCAUGAAUGAAGAGAUAUUUGGUCCGUUGCUUCCAGUUUUCCUGGUUGACAAAGUGGAAGACAGCUUUGAUGUGAUAAAUUCAGGAACAAAGCCACUAGCAGCAUAUCUAUUUACCAAUAAGAAGAAGCUGAAAGAGAAGUUUGUUGCAACAGUCUCCGCAGGGGGUUUGGUCAUUAACGACACUACUGUACAUCUGGCUGAACCCACACUACCAUUCGGAGGAGUCGGGGACAGUGGAAUGGGUGCAUACCACGGGAAGUUCUCCUUCGAUGCUUUUAGCCAUAAGAAAGCUGUUCUUUAUAGAGGUUUCGCUUGUGAUGCAUUUGUCAGAUACCCACCAUACACGAGGGGAAAGCUGGGAUUGUUGCGGGCUCUUUUUGAUGGCAGCAUCUUAGGCAUCAUCCGCGCUUUGCUGGGAUGGUCCAAGGCUUGAAUGACAACAGGUAUGGGUUGUUUUUGUUGUAGAUUUUCAUGAUGUGAUUUAAGGCACUCAAUUUCAAUGUAUUAUAUAUAUAAGCAUCAAAUCAGCUUUAUCAAGGUAGGCUGUUUACAGGACAGGAAAAUAAGUAAAUGACCUUUUUUUAAAAAAAAUCAGUGUUUAUGAA